AUGCACCAUGCAGAUAGAAGAGAUAUUGAGAAAAAAAUAAUUCAAGAUGAAGGAAUAAGUGAUACAAAGAAAAUUACUUUCUUAAAAAGACUACAGAAAGUAAAGUUGGAAGAUGAUGAGAAAGUGAAAGAGAGACAUAUAGCAGCAAAUGAGUGUAGUGAGCAAUUGCGCCGCGUAAUGUGCUGUUGCUAUGGAGACGGUCUUCCUCCUGUUCUUUGGCAUGGAGUAGACGAGUAG